CUCUCUUGUUCUCCUAUCUCCCAGGUCACUCUCCAAGGCCCUGAGGCCUAAGGACACUGCACAGGCCGAAAAGCCCACACUUCAAUGGCCAGUUCGAACGUCUGGUCUGACUUUGACGCUUUGCGACAUAACGUCAAGUCCAACACGGUUGAACGUCUCAAACAGAUCCUCACGGGCUUCAACGAAGAGUGCUUCGCCAACUGCACGAAGUCGGGCAAGAAACAGGACCUCAUUGACCGCAUCACAAACGAAAUGGAGGCAUGGAGGGCGAACAACAGUGUAGACAAAUGGGUGAAGGGGCGGGCGAUAAUCAACCAAGUACGAUCUACAGGCUGCUACACACCGCAACGGUCAGCCGAGCACUCAUACCCUGCCCCUCCGUCGGGCCAUGCAUACCCAGUGGGCGCAAAUCAUAGCAGCUACCCAUCUGGUACCUCUAGUUCUGGUACCAUCCCGCGAUACGACCCUUAUGCACCUCCGCGCCGGCCAAACGUACCCCCUGCAUCCUCUGCUGCGACUGCAGCCGUUGCCCCUCCAGGCAUUCACUUCAGUCCCUCUCCCUUCUUCAAAGUACAGCGCUCUGUGUCGUCUAUCGUAGAAUGUCCAGAAUCUACCAGCUCGAUGGACCGGAGACAACAGUCUUUGAGCUUUACGAUCAAUAACGACGUACUCACGAAGUUGAACUCGACCAGUCCAAAGUAUCAGCUCCGUCUCUACUGCACAUCCUCCACAUACUACUCGUCGUCAAGUUUCCGACCACAUAGUAGUGCAUGUCCCAUCGAGUUCCCACCGACGUGUGAAGUCAGAGUCAACGGCGUGGCUCUGAGUGCGAACUUGAAGGGUAUGAAGAAGAAGCCGGGGACUGCACCACCUCCAGACAUUAUGAAAAAUCUCCGCAUGCAGAACGGAGCUUCAAAUCGUAUCGAGAUGGUUUAUGUCAAUAGCCAGCAACAACCGGUCCAAAGCAAGAAAUACUACCUUGUGGUCAUGUUGGUCGAGACCACCACCGUCGAACAAUUGAUUGACCGGUUGAAGAAGGGCAAAUACAAGAGCGGCCAAGAGAUCCUUGCUCAGAUGAACCAGGCGGCCUCUGAAGAUGACGAUAUCGUUGCAGGCCAUCAGAAGAUGUCGCUCAAGUGUCCACUGAGUUAUAUGCGUAUCGCCACACCUUGUCGAUCCACGAAAUGCGUCCAUUCGCAAUGUUUUGAUGCAUUCUCGUGGUACUCUGUCAUGGAGCAGACAACGACAUGGUUGUGUCCCGUCUGCGAGAAGGCACUCAAUAUGGAUGACCUGAUAGUCGAUGGAUACUUUGACGAGAUCCUGCGCUCAACACAUGAAGAUCUGGAGGAUGUGAUCGUCGAAGCGGAUGGGCAGUGGCAUUCGGAAGAUAACAAAUACGGGUCAGCUCAGUGGAAGGCUACACAUCCAGAGACCAAACCAGCGCAAGUCGCUCAGGCCGCUCAACCUGCCGCUCCUCGAUCACCGCCGAAAUCAUCUGCGAGCGGCGUCAACGGUCAUGGGCAGCCACCGCCGAGCGACGCCGAAAUUGUGAUUCUGGACUCUGACGACGAGGACGAGGGCCGGGUGAAGAGGGAGUUGUCUCCGUCAAAUGAACUCCACGCGGCGUCUUCGAAGGCGGUACCUCCGCCUGUUAAGACGCAUACAACCGCGGAUGUCAUCGACCUGACGCUUGAUUCGGAUGACGAAGACCUCCCAGCACCACCGUCGAAGAAGAGGAAGGCGACGGAUGAGAUCGCCUCGCCCACCGAGCAGAUCUGGAAGAAAUCCCGGUCGGAAGCCUCUUCACCUCCGAGUGUCACCAGCGGAUCGUCUACUGCUAGCUGGAGCUAUCAACAGGCGUCGCUGCCUCCGCGUCCGGUCGCGAACGGCUCAUCCACGACAGCGCGCUACACAUCGUCGUCGUACGCGCCUGCCACUCAGUACCCUGGUUAUCACGCGCCUCCCCCCGUGUCUCCCGGCGCCCGACGUCCGCCUCCUGCGAAUCAGUACUCACCGCGAUCGCCGGACUGGAGGCGUUAGACUGCAGCGGGUCUGGGUGGUGUUUUCGUGUCCUGUCUCUUCGUUGUGUAUGGUCGUAGUAGUAUACUAUCUCUCUGUGUGUAGUACAUCCUAGCUAUACAGACGCGCGAACGUCGUAAUUUCCGUGAAGAAAA